AAUUUUAUUGGUAUCUAUUUUCAUUUCUGAAAUUUCCCACCCUCAGCUUAUACUGGAGUCAAUGAUUUCCCAGUUUUUUUGUGGUAAAAUUAGGUGCCUCGGCUUAUAUUUGGGUCGGCUUAUACUCGAGUAUAUACGGUAUAUAAAAAGGAGCUUCUUUGUUGGAGACUUUUGCAGCUGAGUCACAAUCAGCCCUAAUUUGGGGAGAGAUGCGUGGCACCUGUUUUGAGACCCUUUCAUGUCACACAAUUGUAGAACUGUGAUGUAACUUCCAACAUUUUACAGAUGAAAAUACCAACUGACAUCGAAGUGUGGCCAAGAGGACAACAGUUACAAACAAAUGAGUCUCCAGUAAUUUCCAGCAUGCCAUAGAACUACAUUGGAGGACAUAGCAAAUUCCUAAAGAGACCAUUUCCUCCGAGAAGUGGUGAGAUGAACCCUAAGAAGGACAGAUGGGCGAACCGCACUCGGAACUACCUGUCAGUGCGAUAUUUCAUUGAAUUCACGCACACAACGAGCAAGUUGGCGAUGGCGGAGACGAACGAGCCGGGCCUACCGGAGGCAGAAAAAGGAUCAAGGUGAUGAUGGGAAUAUCCGGGACGCUCCACUUCUGUUCGAGCUCUGCAUCCAAGAAACCCAGAUGAAAAAAGCCCAACACAUUUGGAAAGCGUUCAGGAAACCAACGCCGUCCAAAUGUGAUCUAUCUUUGUUACAUGAACCCCACUUCUCUGCGCGGUGCUUCUCCUGGGAACUGCACCGGACGGGGAGCUGCCUGCCUGCCGUCGCCUUGGAAGCCCCUUGGAGUAGCAGUCCCUUUGCAAUCCUAAGAAACCAGGAGAGGCUGAGGUCUCUUCCCACCACACAGUUGGCGUUCUCCAUCCGUCCUCAGAACGUGGCCCUCGUCCCUGGCGAUUGACAGGCGGACCGACAGAGGUGGGACCUCUCGCGGCUUCGAGGAAGGACCAUGACUCUGAUCUUGGCCUCCUGCUCUUUAGCACAACGACAAAGAGGACAUUAGAGAUGCUGUGAACCUGGACUUCAGGCCUCUGCAAAACAUCUGCACAUGGUCUCGCCAUACCAAGACUGCAGAGAGACUACUGAGAAGCCACGAUGCUCCACGAAGUGACCCUGUGGCUGCUGCUCGUGGCGCUCGGCAUCUCCGCGGUGGCGGGGGGAGGCGCCGGAGGAGGGUACCCGCAGAUCAAGUACAUGCAGCCCGUGGUGAAAGGACCCCUCGGACCUCCGUUUCGGGAAGGCAAAGGGCAGUACAUAGAUAUGCCACCACUGCUACCAAUGGACCUCAAAGGAGAACCCGGCCCUCCUGGAAAGCCUGGCCCAAGAGGACCGCCCGGCCCACCUGGAUAUCCUGGGAAGCCAGGAAUUGGAAAACCAGGGCUUCAUGGUCAACCAGGACCUGCUGGUCCACCUGGCUUUUCUGGCAUCGGCAAACCGGGCAUCCCAGGGCUUCCUGGCAAGGCAGGGAUGAAAGGAAUGCCUGGGGUGAACGGUGAGCCUGGCAUGAGAGGCGACCAAGGGCCGAGAGGCCUCCCUGGCCCACCAGGGCUGCCUGGGCCAGCUGGCAUCUCUGUUAAUGGCAAACCAGGAACAGCUGGUAGCCCAGGACUACCAGGAUUUCGGGGGGAACCAGGUGCAAAAGGAGAGCCUGGUCCUCGUGGUGAGCGUGGUAUGAAGGGUGAAAAUGGGAUUGGCAAGCCAGGGCUGAUAGGACCACGAGGGAAUGCUGGGCCGCCUGGGCCUGCAGGACCUGCAGGGCCUAUAAGCAUUGGGAAACCUGGUCUCGAUGGCUUGCCUGGUGCUCCAGGUGACAAGGGUGACACAGGUCUCCCAGGUGAGCCAGGGAUCAGUGGGCAGCCUGGACCAGUGGGCCCACGGGGUCCGCCAGGUGUGGACGGAAUUGGUGUGCCGGGGGUGUCUGGUGUGCCGGGCCUGCAAGGCCCCUUGGGCCCCAAGGGUGAACCAGGUCUGCGGGGUCUCCCAGGAAUGCCCGGCCCUACAGGUUACGGAAAGCCUGGUCUGCCUGGCUUGAAAGGAGACCGUGGACAACCAGGCGUCCCAGGACUCAUUGGGGAUAAGGGAGAGCCAGGAAUGGAUGGAGAACUAGGUGAUAUGGGUCCUCCUGGUAUCCCUGGGGCUCCAGGCCCUCCCGGUUCCAUGGGUAUGCCAGGAAAACAUGGAAAUCCAGGUAUUAAAGGAGAAGCCGGGCCAAGUGGGCCUCCUGGACUACCAGGCAUGCGUGGGGAUCAAGGGCCCAGUGGUUUUGUGGGAAAGCCAGGGAUUCCUGGGGAGAGAGGCUUGCCAGGGUCCCAAGGGUUGCAAGGCCCAACGGGCCCCAAGGGAGAAGCUGGUUUCAUGGGGCUCCCAGGGGUGCCAGGACUGACAGGGCCCUCGGGGGCCAAGGGGGACUCUGGUAUCCCGGGGCAGCCAGGUCUCCGAGGCUCAUCGGGGAUACCAGGGUUGCAAGGCCCUUCUGGCCCAAUGGGGCCUCAAGGUUUACCAGGACUGAAAGGUGAGCCUGGCUUCCCAGGAGCCCCCGGAAUUGGCAAAGUAGGGGAACCAGGCAUUAUAGGCCCCAUUGGGCCACAAGGGGUUCCCGGCAAUCCUGGAUUAAACGGGCGGCCAGGACCCCCGGGGCCUCCAGGCCCACCGGGUGCCCCAGGGGUGUUUGACGAGACAGGCAUCGCCGGCCUCCACCUGCCCGAUGGCGGCGUAGAGGGGGCAGUCCUGGGGAACGGCAAGCCCGGGAAGCCCCAGUUUGGCCGAGGAGAACUGUCUGCCCAGAUGUUACCUGCCUUCACCGCUAUCUUGACCUCGCCAUUCCCGGCUUCAGGAAUGCCAGUCAAAUUCGACAGGACUUUGUACAACGGGCAGAACGGCUACAAUCCAGUGACGGGGAUCUUUACCUGUCCCAUCUCUGGCAUUUAUUACUUUGCUUACCAUGUCCAUGUUAAAGGAACUAAUGUCUGGGUGGCGCUUUACAAAAACAACGUGCCUGCUACCUACACCUAUGAUGAAUACAAAAAAGGCUACUUGGACCAAGCUUCAGGUAGCGCGGUGCUUGAACUCAAAGAAAACGACCAGGUCUGGAUCCAGAUGCCAUCAGAUCAAGCCAAUGGUCUUUAUUCCACUGAAUACAUCCAUUCUUCAUUUUCGGGAUUCCUUCUGUGCCCCACAUAACGGCUAUUGGGCACGCCUUCUUCAUCCACGUUAGCCAUAAACUUGUUCUUUUAAACUAUUAAAAAUACAAAAGUCGCUGGGAAGAUGGCACAAAUCGGUAGUUUGGGACCGUUUUGACCAAACCAAGGAGUCAAUAUGGAAGAGAAAACUUGGUGGUUGUUGUACAAUGUUUGUAUUCAGAAUUACCCUAGUGACUGCACAUCGAGUACAGAUGAGAACUUGGGGAUUAGCUGCCAAACCAUUCUCUUAGGCCACACAGAAGGCAUUUGAUAGACAGCAGUGUGCAGGAGGACUACAGCCUACAACAUAAAGUUGUGGAUUUCCUCCGUCACCUUAAGGCACCUUCUUCCAAAUUUAGCAUUUAUCCAUGUUCCAAAAUGUGAUUCAGUCGGUCUCUUGAGACAAAAAUGAAGACACAUUGUCAAAGUGUGGAUUGCUUUGCAUAAGCACCUUUGUACACAAGGCUCAGCACAUCUUUAGAGCAGUUAUAUGGAAAAGGGGAUGGAGUUGAUUCCCCUUUAAAAAAACAAAAAACAAAAACGACUGCACUACUCAAACAGCAAGUUGUCCAUUAUCUGAAAUUCUGCAGUCGGAAACAUAAGGUUCCACCAAUGCUGUUGACAAUCCCGGUGUUGAGGCACUGCAGGUAUCGCUCCAGUUGCUACUAGCUUGACUUGAGAAAGAUUGAACUGUUGACACCGUCGAAGUACCAGCGCAUAGAUCGUUUGAUCCAAGAUGUCUACACUUUCUUGUUGAGGGAAAUGGGGCAACCCAUCGCCCGUUCAAUUUUUAAUUUAAAAAAACCAGGAGGCCGCCGCACAUUUCCAUUCAAUACUUUUUUACAACAGUGCUAUUAAUGUUAGCUACUUUAAAAGUUAUUCAGUAUAGUGCAAUAUCUAUUUUAAAAGGUGGAAAGUGUUGUGUGCAAGGAUUUCAAUGACUUAACGAACAUUUUCGUUGUCUGGUGCAUUUUUUACCACUUUGUAUCAAUAAUGCUUGAAAUGUCCCUUAUUGUAUUCCAGGUCAUAAGGCUGUUCACAGCUUCUGGACGUCUUAGUCUACUAGAAUCACUCAAACCCUUUGGGCCUGUAAAAUAGGUGAUAAUACAUAAUCCUAAAUCCUAAAUUGUCUAAUCCAGGAGAAACAAUAUGCUUAGAAUCACUUUCUGUAUAGGCCUUGUAUGAAGAAAACAAAAGGAAUUACUUUUGCCCAGGGUUUUUCCAAGUGCCUGAGACACCAACAGUAUAGUUCAAGGAGCUUAGUAUACUUUGCCAGGUUUAUUUUAGAUAGAAAUAUUUAAACAUUCAAAAUACCAUCAAAAUGCUUUUGUGACCCAAUAUUUCGAGUGGCUUUGGAGAGAAAAAGUUGCAUUAUGGACCUUAAUAAUAUAUUAAAAGGAUAAGAAGGAUGGUGUGGGAUUGACAUGUGGGUCACCUGUAUUUCAGCCGUGUAGCCAGCUUGCUUGCUAUCUCUUUUCUUUUAACUUAAAAUGUAUUUGUCUGAUUUAGACACAACAAAAGCAUAGGCCCAAGAUAUCUGGUUCCGCCUGAUGUUUUUAAACAUUCCUUGAGAUGAGAAUGACGCCAAAGGCAUAUUCCACUUGCAAGAACAUCUUUGAUUUUGCAUUCACUCACCACAGGCUAAAAUGGCAGGAGCCAAGUCCACACAUUUUCUACGUGCCUGAUAUUGGAAGAGGGAUUCUGGGAGACUUGUGCUCUUGACUUAAGUGUAUUUUCCUGUGGAGGGGAGCAUGAAGCUUCCAAUUUUAAUGCCAAGAGAUCAAAGGAAAUGUGCUACUAUUUAACAAAGUCACACUGCCUGAAGUGGGAAAGAAUGAUGGAUAAGUGUUUUAACAGCAACAGAGAGCUGCAUAAAUCCAAGCAUUGUUCCUAGGUAUCUUGUACACAAUUUAUUUAUACUGGUUUCUUAUGAUGAGAUAACCUUUUUUCCCUUUGUAGAUUUAUCACUUGUGUUUUCUGGCUGGUAAGACAGAAAACACACGUACACAUUUAUCUCCAAGCUCAGAGAUAUUAAAGCGUUCCAUUCCCACAGGGAAGGUUUUGCAGCCUCAUUAUUCCCUUCCCAUACAGAACUGCAUAUAUACAAUUUUAAAAAAUUAUUAACAUAUCAAAUAUGCUGUCAUUAUGAAAAAGGCGAUGACAAUGGGACGGAGAAGCUGAUAAGCAAGUUAAGGAUGGUAGCUUAAUUUUAUUGACGUGUUCAGUGCCUACUCUUUGUCUGUGACAAAAGCUGGGUUUUCAUGUUGGGAAAAAAAGCAUGUGGGAACUGGGUUUCAGUCAGUAGAAAGAACAGGUCUGGAGACUUGUUUUAAUUACGCAUUGUCAUAUGCAUUUUAUAUAUACCAUUUCUCUUUUUUAAAAGAAAAGAAAAGUUUGCCUCUAGUAUUUUCAUUUCUAACCUAGUAUAUAGAGGAUGUUUAGUUUUGUAAAUACUUAUGUUACAUGCACUGUUUCAUAGUAAAUUUGUUUUUUAAAUGCACUCCUGUUUUGUGAUCAAAAACUGGCCUUCACUUCUGAACUGAAACUACAGUACUUGAUUGUAUUGAACCAACAUCAAUAAAUCUUAUUUCACAAAGAGA